AUGACAGAGAACCUGCGCUGUUUUGUAGUUCUGUUGGGUUUGAGCCAGUGCAUUAUAGGAGGAAUUCCGAAUAGACAGCAACACGUCGUGAACCUGAGAGGGGCGUUGUCGUAUGUCGUGAGUCAAGGCUGUCCCUAUCUUGUACAUUAUGUCCGCGAUAAUUACUUUUCCUUCCGAACCUACCGCCAAGUCUCGAUAACCACCACUCACCCGCCCACUAUUCUGAACUGGGUAACCUAUGUUUAUGACAGAGGGGUGGACAAUUAUGUUCCAAUGGAACUUAUUCACGGCAUCAUCAACUGCAGGAUGAACUAUGCCCUGUAUGCUGUGAACGCUCCCUCCAAUAUUUUACAUCAACUCCAAGCUGAUUUCUCGGGGAUUCCUGGAGUUCUGGGUUUGUUGAAGAUAGCAGUUCAUUGGCAUCUGUUUGGGAAAUGA